UUUUAAUUAAAUCAAACCACUUCUAAAAAUACCUAAUCUCUCAAAUAGAUGGACGCUACCGAAGGAUUCCAACUUUAUUACUUGGGCAACCAGAAGGCAGAGAGUGACUCUAGAGUUACCACUAGCCUUAACAAGACAACUAAAUAUUCAUACAGAAACGAACCCAACAGUUCCUUAAUCUGGAACGAAAGAAGAAAGACUUCAGAGGAAUUUGAGAAUCGUGAUUUGGAGAGAUACUUGAGCUUGCCAAAGGAAUGGCGUGGAUCUUACAUCUAACC